UGAACAGCUUUCGCAAAAACUGGCAACUUCUUCUCGUUUCCGAAUUUUUUUAAUGAAAACUUGCAAACUGAAAUUGCGCAAUCAGAUAAACAGCAUGUGGGAUCUGUUUUUCAAACGUUACACGUGUACCUAAGCCAGAAAGAAAACAAUUUUGAAUAGCAACGAUUUCUGAACAUCCUAUUAUAGAAAAGUUCAACGGUGUUCAUGAUAGUUUUUUUUCAAUCUGCUAAUUUCAAAGUUUAAGUUUUACAUCUGGGAGUUGUCCACAUUCUGUCUCUUUCCACUUAUGGCCAGUAGUCAUUCCAGUUGAGUAAAAUUAAGGUAUUAUUUUGUGAUAAAAAAUGUCUGAACAAGGAGUGGGAAGAGGCCGCAAUGUGGCUGGUGGUAGAGGAGCCAGACUUCUAGCAGCCUUGGAAGCUAGUCGAAGACCAGGAGAGCCUUCUGUUGUAGUUGAACCACCAUUAGAUCCAACAGUAUCUUCAGAACCCAGUGCUUCAAGAGCUCCAGCAGGGAGAGGAUCAGCGUUAAUACAGCUAUUAGCUAGAAGACGUGUAAUUGGCUCUGCUACGUCUUCACCUGAAACUGCUUCUACCACAGCACAGAUUUCUUCCUCAGCCCUUACUCCUGCUCCAACUCCUACCUCUCCUUCAGUGGUUUCUCAAGUUUCUGUCGAGUCCACGAGCCAAGUAACUUCAGUAGUAGGCAAUAUCAAUCCUGUUGGCAGAGGAGCAAUUGCCAGAAUGCAGAGUCUGAAACUCAGCUCUACAACGGAAGUUGUUACUAAACAAAUACAAGUUCAGGAACAACAGAAGUCUCAGGCAGUUACAGAAAAAGUGUAUGCCAAGCCCAUUUUGAUCCACCAGGAAAAUGCACCCAUUACAAAAAAAGGAGAAAUGGGUAACAAGAUUAAUGUUAUUGCAAACUAUGUCCGAGUAGACAUUGAUCCUGGCAAAGGAAUCUAUGAAUAUGAAGUCUCUUUUUCCCCAUCUGUUGACUCGAAACAAAUUCGGUUUGAAUUGUUAAACCAACACCGAGAGGUUUUAGGUCCGGCGAAAACGUUUGAUGGCGUAACCUUGUACCUCCCAUAUCAAUUCGAAAACACUGUUACAUCGUUUCAAAGUUCGCAUCCUGCAACGAAUGAAGCUGUUACCGUGAAUAUUGCAUUAAGACAGAAAAGGCGAGCAGCAGAUAGCAUUCAUUUCUACAAUGUUCUCAUUCGGAAAAUUGCCCGAAUUUUGGGCAUGGUUCAGAUGAAUCGAAACUAUUUCAACCCGAAUUCUCCAAUUAUCAUGCCUGUUGAAAAGCUGGAAGUUUGGCCUGGCUAUGUAACAGCGAUCAACGAAUUCGAAGACGGAUUGAUGCUGUGUUGCGAUGUAUCAUUUCGGGUGCUACGCACAACCACUGUUUUGGACGAGCUAGUUGAAAUGAGUAAAAAGGGAGGCUAUUUUCACCAAACAGCUCAAGAUGUGUUAAUUGGUCUUUCGGUCCUUACACGCUACAACAACAGAAUGUACCGUAUUGACGAAAUCCUUUUCGACAAGAAUCCUAAAUCCACCUUUGAGUGCCAAGGUGAACCGAUGUCGUAUGUGGACUACUACAAAAAGCAGUACAAUAUCGAUAUCAAAGAUAAAGGCCAACCAAUGCUGCUUAACAGGCUGAAAAAGAAAAUGCAAGGCAAGGAAGAUGAAACAGUGCUUGUGUGCCUCGUACCAGAAUUAUGCUAUCUAACUGGAUUGGAUGACCGUUUAAGAAAUAAUUUCACCAUUAUGAGAUCCCUCGCGACGCAUACCAAAGUAGCACCCAUGGCAAGAGUUAAAGCUCUAGCUAAUUACAUAGAUUCUGUCAACAAUAACGAAAAAGCUUCAAGUGUCCUCUCGCAAUGGGGGCUUUCUCUAGCUCCUAUGCCACUAUCCAUAGAAGGUCGAGUGCUCGAACCGGAAAGAAUUUACUUGAGCAAAUCUAGUUUUCCUACCAAUCCUCAGUGUGACUGGACAAGAAAUUUGGGCAACGACGUUUUGGUUGCGGUCAAAAUUGAUUCUUGGAUAUUGGUUUACAUAGAGAGAGAGCUUAACAUUGCUCAAGAUUUCAGUAAAACCCUAUUGGAUGUUGCAUCAAAAAUGGGCAUCCGCAUUAAUCCACCCAAAAUGGUCGUCUUGCCCAACGACCGCACAGACACAUAUGUAAAUCGUAUACGGGAUGAAAUCAAUUCUUCGCUCCAGUUAGUUGUUGCCAUUUUCCCUACUUCACGUGACGAUCGUUACGCCGCCGUCAAGACUUUAUGCACUGCACAGUUCGCCGUUCCUUCUCAGAUGAUCAAUAGCAAAACGAUCUCGAAUCCGACGAAACUUCGGUCGAUUGUUCAAAAGAUUGCACUGCAGAUCAACUGUAAAAUGGGUGGCGAACUUUGGGCCGUUAGCAUCCCGACCAAGACGUUGAUGGUUUGCGGAGUGGACGUGUACCAUGACCCUACGAGACGCGGCCAGUCAGUGGUGGGAUUUGUUGCAUCAGUGAAUCCUGGCCUCACACGAUGGUUCAGUCGGGCUAAAUGCCAAGGCCCGGGAGUGGAACUGGUCGACACUUUGAAAAUAUGUUUUCUCGAGUCGUUGAAAAAGUAUUACGAGAUUAAUCAUGACUAUCCGAAACAAAUUGUUCUCUUUCGUGACGGAGUGGGAGACGGGCAACUGCAAUUCGCUGCCGCACACGAAGCAACACAGUUCUUGUCAGCAUUCCAGUCAUUGGUUCCGCCAAUUGAACCGAAAUUUACGAUGGUAGUCGUUCAGAAAAGAAUCAAUACUCGUUUGUUCCAUAGCGCUAGGGACACCAUAAACAAUCCUCCCCCGGGAACCGUUGUCGAUCACACGGUAACGCGGCGUGACUGGUGGGACUUCUUCCUCGUUUCACAGUUCGUCACUCAGGGCACUGUUUCUCCAACUCAUUUCAUCGUGGUCCAUGAUGGCGGUAUGAAGCCAGACAACCUUCAGAAACUGGCGUACAAGAUGACCCACAUGUACUACAACUGGCCGGGAACUAUUCGUGUUCCAGCCCCUUGUCAGUAUGCACACAAAUUGGCCUAUUUAGUUGGCGAAAAUAUUCGCAAAGAACCACAGCACCAAUUGUCCAAUCGCCUGUACUUCUUAUAAGAGUGGGAAUGGUCAACUUUGGUUAUAUCUGAGUAUUAUUAAUUUUACUAUGUAAUCAAGACACCUUGUGGAGCAUUAGGUGGUCAUUUUCCAAUUCAGAAAUGCGAUAUAUCUUCAGUUCCAUUUCCUUACGUGUUUCGUUAAACUCGUGAUAUCCCGUACAAAAGAGGUGUUUAUUUCAUCUCGAGUGAUAUCGUCUUCUAACGUAUUAAUUACCUGUAUAAUUAAUCAAGCCAAAUAAACCAAAUGUUUUCUA